UGACUUUUUAUUUCCCUCAAUACUUUCCGGUUGCACAGGUUUGAAAUCAGCUGAUUUUGUCUGCGUUUCUAAUUAGUUCACCGUGAAGUUUACCUACCUUUGUUUAAUUCUUAUUUAACAACAUCUCAUCGACCUCAUCGCUGAAGAUUAUGGUUUUCAUGUCAUACUUAUGAUGAGUUUGUGACAGUUAAGAAACCAGAAAGGCGACACUGCGAUCAGGAAGCGGCUAACUUAGUUAUGAUGUCACCAGCUGACAGGCGAAAGUAGUAUAUGAAAGAGCUCCACAAUGUCGACAGAUAAGCAAAGGGGAAUCCACGUUUCUCAGGAGGAGCUGCUCUGCAAGAAUUCCUGUGGGUAUUAUGGAAACCCUGUGUGGCAAGGCUUCUGCUCCAAGUGCUGGAGAGAGAAAGCACGUAUAGCUGGAGCUUCUAGGCAAGACACAAGGCCGAGCAAUGAUGGAACUCCUCUCACCUUCUCCAAAUUUGAGGAGAAGAAAAGCACUGAGAAAGGACGUCGUAUUAACACAAUGAGGAGACUCUUUUGGGGCAGCCCAUCCCCUCCUAAACUUCAAGAGUCUUCUGAAAGCCAUGCUAAUGUGCUAAAAGCUUACCAGAGCCUCGGGGCCGGGGACUUCACCGGUUUCCUGAAGAUACUAAAGAGCCCUUCCUCACAGCGCUUGCAGUCCCGAUGUACAGCCUUCCUCAACACAAUGGAAGCUUAUCAUGAUCUGCCGGUACAGAAGCAGUCAGAUCUCGUGCAGGAUUUCUACCAAUCCUUUGCUGAAUAUUUUAAUAGUUUUCCUGAGGCUCAGGUAACUCAAAUAAUGGAGCAUGUGGAGAAGCUAAUAAUGACCCGGUUGCACAAAUGGGUUUUCUGCCAUGACAGCUGUGAUGAUGAACAGAAGGACCUGGCUCUCCAGAGAAGGAUACGCUCUUUAAACUGGAUCACUCCUCAGAUGCUGAGCGUACCCUUCCCUGAUAAAAAGAUUGAAGUCACAGGCGACCCCUUCCUGCCUGCUAUAACAGCCAUAAUUGAAAUGGAUGCCAAACGAGCGCCUCAGGACAAACUUGCAUGUGUGUCCAAAUGCAGUCAGCAUGUCUUUGAAGCGCUCUCCACCUCGAACAGUGAGCCCGCUAAUGCUGAUGACUUCCUGUCAGGCUUGGUUUAUGUGGUGCUGAAGGCCAAUCCACCCCGCCUACACUCGAACAUGCAAUAUGUGAUUCGCUUUGGUCUUCCUCACAGUCUGAUGGCAGGAGAGAGUGGAUACUAUUUCACUAACUUGUCUUGUGCAGUGGCCUUCAUCGAAAAGCUGGAUGGACCGGCUCUCAACCUCAGUCAGGAGGAGUUUGAGGGCUACAUGCUGCGUCAGCGUGCUCCUUCUGCAGGAAAGAGGCAGCGGGUUGUCAGUGACACACAACAUCUGUUAGAAGAGCUUCAAGGCAGACAGGAGAAGCUCGACCAAGGGAUGGAUUCUCUUAGUGUGCAGCUACAGAGUUGGGUCCAUGCUGUUAAUUCACAACUGGAUGAGGCCACAGCUCAGUUUGCUCUGGUACAGACGGAGGUCACCGCUAAGACUGAGUCCUCACAGGUUUUAUCAUCCUCAUCUCAUGAUGCGUUACUGCAAGGUGACGAUAAAGACGAGUCUGUGCUGAAGCUUAUGGAUCAACAUGCAGGUCCACAAGAUACAGACUGUUAGUUGUAUUUAAAAAAACACCUAAUCUGGUACUAAGCUCUUUUUAAUCAGCAUUACUAACGAAACAAACAGAUUUAUAUUUCACACAUUCCAACUACAGAAAACCGGGAUUUGGAAGCCAGUUGAACAUGAAGGAAAGCUUUUUGAAGGGAACCUUUUGCAUUUGGUAUCACGGAGCACACAGAGGUUUUUAAUGGCAUUGAUUAAAAAAAAAAUUGCACUUGGAUCCUGUUUCAGGAUGAAGGACAUUCAAAAUGCAUUCCAAUUUGUAUUAACAGAUAUGAUCAGAAUGAAUACUCAAGCACUCAGGGUACACAAUACUUGGAGCUGUCAGCUAAUACUUCAAGAGUGCUUAUAUAAUAUUCACUUUUUUAUUUACGUGUACACCAGUGUGCCUCUAUGUAAACCGCUGUGAAAUGUAAAUAAAAAUGCUACAGAGGAAAUGUGAGAUGCCAGAUGUAGACCACUACGAGUCAGAAGGUGUAUUUAGUUAUACAAUGAUUUUUUUCAGAGCUGUGGAUCUGUUCUCAACAUGCUGCCUUGAAGAAUAGCAACACAUUUUGUCAUCUGCAUUAGUGUGCUAAAUGUUUCCGUUGUUUACAACUUCUUUCUGAAGUAAUUAUAGUGUAAAUGUUAUGAGGAAUUAUGUAUCCAAAAUUAUAUUAAAGGUUACUUAUAUAUAAAUAUAAAUGAUGUGUUUUGUGAGAAAAAGAAAUCGACGGACAACUCUUAAAAAUGAAGACAUUAAGAGUACAGCUUUUAUUAAAUGGUGUUGCUUCAAACACAAGUAAAGUAUUUAAACACCAGGUUAAAUCCAGUUCUUAAAUAAUGACUAUAAGA